AUGUUGGAACCAAAAAAUUAUGAUAUAUAUUCUUCUCAAGAACCAUUAAGACCUAUGAGACCUUUUAGACCCAAUGGUGGUUACGGUAGAGAAAGAACCGUAAGAUAUCAAAGAUAUACGAGACCUGCCGAAUCUAACGAAAGAAUGAUUAGAGGUGGUAUGAGAGGUGCAAGAGGUUCAUGGGGUUAUAGAGAAUAUGGUACGAGAGGGAGAGGUCUAAGAGACGAUUUUGGUUUUAGAGGAAGAGGAGGAGGUAUGAGGGGUGACUGGAGAUUUAGGAGGAGAGAAAUUAGAGAAGAAUGGGGUAUUAGAGAAAGGAUUUCGUAUGGUGAAGUAGGUUUGAGAGAAAGAAGGAUGAGAGAUGAUUUUGGCUUUAGGGGAAGAGGCAUGAAUAUGAGGGGUAUGCGAGGAGGAAGAGGAUUAGGUGCGAGAGGUUUAGGUAUUCCAAGGGGGCCAAGAGGGUACAGUCCGAGAGGUGGGAGAGAUGGAAGAAGGUAA